CAGGAGGCGGGUCCGCCUCUUUCCUACUUGCUGGUUGGCGAAGCUGACCUCCAAGGGCGGUGCCCGGCCAUAGCCGGUUUGCUUCUGGGAUUGGCUAGAGGGGGUGGUUCCGCUGAGGCGUGGUAGGAAGUGGCUGCCGUCAAUCACGCGGGGAGACUCCAAACAGUGAGCCUAGAGCUGGAGACUAGCGUUAACCGGCGGGGCGGCCGGUUUUAUGAAUGAAGCUAUGGCUACAGAUUCCCCAAGAAGACCCAGUCGUUGUACUGGUGGAGUUGUGGUUCGCCCCCAGGCUGUCACAGAGCAGUCCUACAUGGAAAGUGUUGUGACUUUUCUGCAGGAUGUUGUGCCACAGGCUUACAGUGGAACACCUCUAACAGAAGAAAAGGAGAAAAUAGUCUGGGUCAGAUUUGAAAAUGCAGAUCUAAAUGAUACAUCAAGAAAUCUGGAAUUUCAUGAAAUACAUAGUACUGGGAAUGAACCGCCUUUGUUGAUUAUGAUUGGCUACAGUGAUGGAAUGCAGGUCUGGAGCGUCCCUAUCAGUGGCGAAGCACAAGAGCUCUUCUCUGUUCGACAUGGCCCAAUUCGAGCGGCUAGAAUCUUGCCUGCUCCACAGUUUGGUGCUCAAAAAUGUGAUAACUUUGCUGAAAAAAGACCCCUCCUUGGUGUUUGUAAGAGCAUUGGAUCUUCUGGCACAAGCCCACCGUACUGUUGUGUGGAUCUGUAUUCACUUCGUACUGGGGAGAUGGUCAAGUCCAUUCAAUUUAAGACACCUAUUUAUGAUCUCCAUUGCAAUAAACGGAUCCUUGUCGUAGUCUUGCAGGAGAAAAUUGCUGCCUUUGAUAGCUGUACUUUCACGAAGAAAUUCUUUGUCACAAGCUGCUAUCCAUGUCCAGGGCCAAACAUGAAUCCUAUUGCUCUUGGGAGCCGCUGGCUUGCUUAUGCAGAAAACAAGUUGAUUCGAUGUCAUCAGUCCCGUGGUGGAGCCUGUGGAGACAACAUUCAGUCUUAUACUGCCACAGUCAUUAGUGCUGCUAAAACAUUGAAAAGUGGCCUGACAAUGGUAGGGAAAGUGGUGACUCAGCUGACAGGCACACUGCCUUCAGGUGUGACAGAAGAUGAUGUUGCCAUCCACAGUAAUUCACGGCGGAGUCCUUUGGUCCCAGGCAUCAUCACAGUUAUUGACACCGAAACCGUUGGAGAGGGCCAGGUGCUUGUGAGUGAGGAUUCUGACAGUGAUGGCAUUGUGGCCCACUUCCCUGCCCAUGAGAAGCCAGUGUGCUGCAUGGCUUUUAAUACAAGUGGAAUGCUUCUAGUCACAACAGACACCCUUGGCCAUGACUUUCAUGUCUUCCAAAUUCUGACUCAUCCUUGGUCCUCAUCACAAUGUGCUGUCCACCAUCUGUAUACUCUUCACAGGGGAGAAACUGAAGCCAAAGUACAGGACAUCUGCUUCAGCCAUGACUGUCGCUGGGUUGUGGUCAGUACUCUCCGGGGUACUUCCCACGUUUUCCCCAUCAACCCUUAUGGUGGCCAGCCUUGUGUUCGUACACAUAUGUCACCACGAGUAGUGAAUCGCAUGAGCCGUUUCCAGAAAAGUGCUGGACUGGAAGAGAUUGAGCAAGAACUGACGUCUAAGCAAGGAGGUCGCUGUAGCCCUGUUCCAGGUCUAUCAAGCAGCCCUUCUGGGUCACCCUUGCAUGGGAAACUGAACAGCCAAGACUCCUAUAACAAUUUUACCAACAACAACCCUGGCAACCCUCGGCUCUCUCCUCUUCCCAGCUUGAUGGUAGUGAUGCCUCUUGCACAAAUCAAGCAGCCGAUGACAUUGGGGACCAUCACCAAACGAACCGGGCCUUAUCUCUUUGGAGCGGGGUGUUUUUCCAUAAAAGCUCCAUGCAAAGUUAAACCUCCUCCACAAAUUUCACCCAGCAAAUCGAUGGGCGGAGAAUUUUGUGUGGCUGCUAUCUUCGGAACAUCCAGGUCAUGGUUUGCAAAUAAUGCAGGUCUGAAAAGAGAAAAAGAUCAGUCCAAACAAGUUGUAGUUGAGUCCCUGUACAUUAUCAGUUGCUAUGGCACCUUAGUGGAGCACAUGAUGGAGCCGCGACCCCUCAGCACUGCACCCAAGAUUAGUGACGACACGCCACUGGAAAUGAUGACAUCGCCUCGAGCCAGCUGGACUCUGGUUAGAACCCCUCAAUGGAAUGAAUUGCAGCCACCGUUUAAUGCAAACCACCCUCUGCUCCUCGCUGCAGAUGCAGUACAGUAUUAUCAGUUCCUGCUUGCUGGCCUGGUUCCCCCUGGAAGUCCUGGGCCCAUUACUCGACAUGGGUCUUACGACAGUUUAGCUUCUGACCAUAGUGGACAGGAAGAUGAAGAAUGGCUUUCCCAGGUUGAAAUUGUAACACACACUGGACCCCAUAGACGUCUGUGGAUGGGUCCACAGUUCCAGUUCAAAACCAUCCAUCCCUCAGGCCAAACCACAGUUAUCUCAUCCAGUUCAUCUGUGUUGCAGUCUCAUGGUCCGAAUGACACGCCACAGCCUCUUUUGGAUUUUGAUACAGAUGAUCUUGAUCUCAACAGUCUCAGGAUCCAGCCAGUCCGCUCUGACCCAGUCAGCAUGCCAGGGUCAUCCCGUCCAGUCUCUGAUCGAAGGGGAGUUUCCACAGUGAUUGAUGCUGCCUCAGUGCACCUCUGAUCAUGAUCCAUGCAUUGGAGUCAGCUGCACAUCAGGAAGUUGCUCAUCUGGAGGUUUCAUUGCCUGUUACUUGGAGAUACGACCAGUGUGGCACCUCCUCUGUUGGUCUUCAUUGCCCUGUAUUACCUUCAAGCAUUUUAUAUGACUUCAUGGAUUAUCUUUUUAAUUAUUCCUAUGGCACAUGUUACACCUAACCCUCUAUUUUAGUGACAGCUCUUGCUCUGUCUAACCUUGUGGCAGUAUAAUUGUUUUUCAUAUAAUUACUUUAUUCACAGAUAAUAGAAUUUAAUGUGAUAUAAUUAAAUCCUUUGACAAUUAUAACAGUUUUUAAAGUGAAAAUAUUUUAUUUAAAUCUUGGGUCUGCAGUUUAUUUUCUAGAUAUCUAUGUAUUAAUCUAACAACGUUAUUCCAUUGAAACUAAAAGAGGUGUGCAGAGUGUGCCACUUUUACCACGUAAUGAUUUUUUUCACAAUUUCUUAAUAUCUGGUAAUCUCUGGUUCAUGCUUUUGCAAAGAAACACAUUGCCUAAAAUACAUAUUUUUAAAUUAUUAACUUCAGUGAUUUAAGCACCGGGUAAAUUCUAUGCCUUUAGACACCUAUGAACUAGAUUCUUACUGUCUCUCUGUAAAAUACAUAUAGAGUAUUUUUGAUUUUCAGCAGUUCUAUAACUGCUUGAUGAGUAGAUGUUAUUCCCAUAACAUCUGUCUCAUCUUGUCUUUGGUGAUUCUAAUGACACCAUACCAGCUGGGUGCAGUGGAUCACAUCUAUAAUCCUAGCACUUUGGGAGGCCGAAGCGGUGGAUCACUUGAGGUCAGGUGUUUGAGACCAGCCUGGCUAACUAACAUGGCAAAACCCCGUCCCUAAUAAAAAUACAAAAAUUAGCUGGGCAUGGUUUCACAUGGCUGUAAUCCCAGCUACUCAGGAGGCUGAGGCACAAGAAUCGCUUGAACCCGGGAGGCAGAGGUUGCAGUGAGCUGAGAUUGCACCAGUGCACUCUAGCCUGGGUGACCGAGCAAGGCUCUGUCUCAAAAAGACAAAACAAAACGAAACAAAACAAAAACCAUCCUACCUAAAAUUUGUGGGGGUUAAAUAAUUGUAAGAUGUUCCGUUGUUGGCUGAGGAGAUCAUUUUGGAAAUGGACACAUUAUAGGAUUUUAACCUAAGACACAGGCUACCCAGAACAAAUGGGAUUUGGGGCAGUUGCUCACUUUUUCCCAUGUCCAGCUGAUGAACAACAAUGUCGAUGAAUCAUUGAUAGUAUUUCUAGCCAAAGCACUGUGUCAAUUUAUUCAUUUUCCUGUAUGUUCAUUUUGGCUAGAUAGCUAAGAAUUUCUUUCUAUUCUUUGUACCUUAUAACAUGUGCCCUUCUUUUGAUAAAGAUGUAGGACCUCUAAAGAGAAAGCAGAAAGACAGCUGUCAAUGUCUUGUUGGAACUUUGUUUUCCAGAUUGCUGACUAUUCUUGUUCCAAAACUUGAAGGCUGUACCUAAUAGAUAACCUUUCCUUGCUUCUGAGUCAUCAAAUCAAAGAGCCUAGAAAGAUCUGGUUCACCCUGAGUUUGUUUGUCCUGAUUUGUGGUUUUACUAUGGAGAUGGAUGUUUACUAACAAAGAACUCAGAUAAUUGAGAUCGAAAGACAAACUUAUGCGUGACUCAUAUGCAGAGCAGACAUCUUUAUCAAACUCUAUUAAAGAAAACAUUUUAUAAAGUUAUGAGGUGUGGUGGAAGCAGUGUUUGUGUACAUGCCUGAGGAAGUGUGGUGGAAGUAGUGUUUGUGUACAUGCCUGAGGAAGUGUGGUGGAAGCAGUGUUUGUGUACAUGCCUGAGGAAGAUGGUAGGGUGAGAAGGACAAUGUGACAGAUAAGAAAAAUGACUUCUUAUCCUGAGCAGCCUUGGAUCAUAAGGUAUUAGUGUUACCUCAAGCAUUUCAGUAAAUAGGGACAAAGUUGCAGAUUUGGGGUUUUUUGUUGUUCUUGACUCAAGAGAAAUACUACUUUUGUUGUACAAUUGAAGUAAUAAAAAUAAUUAAUUUAGGAGAUACCUUUUGAGCACCUAAUUUUCUCCACUAUCAAAAUAACUUGUUUACUGAAGAAAAUUACACACUUAAAAUCCCAAACUAGUUUGAUUUGAUUGAUUUUAUAAUGAUCAUUUAUGCCUACUUUAUGUAUUUGGCAUUUGGUACAUCACCUUAAAAAAAACAAAUAAUACUCAUUAAUAGAGAAGUGUGAUUAGAUAGGUGACAAGGAGGUUAUUUGAGCAGUUUUUGUUUUGUCUUGCAGUCAAAUCUGUGCUGGAAGGACCUUCUUAUAGAGGCAUUCUUUUAUCAUAUAGAGAUUUUGUUCAUGGACUGGGGGAAGAGUAUUCUUUUUUUUUUUUCUUCGAGACGGAGUUUCACUCUUUUUUUUUUUUUUUUUUUUUUUUUUGAGACGGAGUCUCGCUGUGUCCCCCAGGCUGGAGUGCAGUGGCACGAUCUCAGCUCACUGCAACCUCCGCCUCCUGGGUUCAAGCCAUUCUCCUGCCUCAGCCUCCCAAGUAACUGGAAUUAACAGGCACGCGCCACCACGCCCAGCUAAUUUUUUGUAUUUUUAGUAGAGACGGGGUUUCACCAUGUUGGCUAGACUAGUCUCGAACUUCUGACCUCAGGUGAUCCACCCACCUCAGCCUCCCAAAGUGCUGGGAUUACAGGCGUGAACCACCGCGCCCAGCCUGGGGGAAGAGUAUUCUAAGAUUAUAUUUCACUGUAUUGACAGUUGCCAUUUCAAUCUGAGGCCUACUUAGGUACUAUUUCUUAAAGGCUGUCAGAGGCACAGAGAUGCUGAUGGUAAAAAUAAAGAGAUUAGUGAGAGACAUUGUUCAGUCUACAAUGAUGUGGCCACAUAGCUCUAUGGUCUUAGAGCUAGAACUGAGUGGAAAAAGCCAUGACUUCAUAAUCAUGGUCUUGAACUUUUGCUGAAACCUUCAAGUCAUUCUCCUACCAUGCCAUUCACUUCUACAUCAGUAAAAGAAGAUUAAGAGUCCCUAUGCAAAACUUUUUUUACCACCUUUUGUGGAAGGGGUGUGUUCAAAUUAUUUCCUUAAGUAACUCCUGAAUAUAAAGUUCUUCAGAAAUAUUAAGAUAUUUUUUGAAUAAAUGAUGUGAUUUUCAAUUAAUAGAGUUUCAGAUAUUCUUGAUGAUUAUAAAGUGACAAAAACUCCAGGGCAUAUACCUUGGGUACUGAAAGCUUGUGUGGGAUCAGUAAGAAGAUUAAGGAUAAGAGUGAAAUUAAAAGAAGGCUCGGCCCUGACCUGUGAACAAUCCCUCAGAGGGGAAAAAAUAUUCAAACUCAAAUAUUAAGAUUGGCUUUUAUAUUAGAAAUGAGUAAGUGUAUACAUUAAAUUAAUUCUAAUCUUUCGACUAUCUGCUGUCUAUAUAAAAUCAAAAGUAAGUUUUAGAGAUUAAGAACAUAGGGAAAAGACCUUAUUUGCCCAUAAGGAAAAUGCUCAGCUGUAUCUCUCCUCUUCUGAUUUAAACAUUCCUCUUAUUCUUCUUUCUUUCUUUUUUUUUUUUUUUUGAGAUGGAGUCUCACUGUGUUGCCCAGGCUGGAGUGCAGUGGCGUGAUCUUGGCUCACUGCAACCUCUGCCUCUCGGGUUCAAGCGAUUCUCCUGCCUCAGCCUCCCGAGUAGCUGGGAUUACAGGCAUGUGCCACCAUGCCCAGCUAACUUUUGUAUUUUAGUAGAGAUGGGGUGUCACCAUGUUGGUCAGGCUGGUCUCAGACUCCUGACCUCGCGAUCCGCACGCCUCGGCCUCCCAAAGUGCUGGGAUUACAGGCGUGAGCCACCGCGCCUGGCCCUUUCUUCUUUCUAGUAUUUACAGGAUGUUAGAAGACCAAAGUCAAGUUAACAAUGAGGAAAAUUUUAGUUCAGCACAAUUAAGAAAAAAUGAUAGCCCCAUUUGAAGAUGAAGAAACAGUAAACAGAAGUAGAAGAAGCUGUUGGGAAAGUGUCUUCUGAUGACACUUUGCUUCUUUGAAUAAAUCUUUGUGUCAACUAAAACCUUGCCUAUGCUUUCUAUAUUGCAAGCAUCAGGUCCUUGACAUGGCUUUAAAUCUUUCCUAAGCAUUUUGAGAGGGAAUUGAUGCAAUACUUCUCACUGUUGAUAUAGUAGGGUUCUACAUAUUUACAUGGGACUUUUUGACCAAAGACCCAACUUUUCACUUUUGUACAUUUACUGUGCCUCUCAUACAGGGCUGGACUGUUUAUGUAGUCUGUUGCAUCAGACUGUGGUGGCAGGGGGACAGAGUUGGGGGCACUAUUAGAAUUUGUUUAAGUCUGAACCGGGAAUUCCAUUUGUCUUAGUGACAUGAGUGUCAAAACUGUUAGUGCAACACUAUUUUAAACUGUCUGCAAGAGCCUGAGAGGCUUAUGCUUAUAGGUGCCAUCUAUAAACUUAGAAACAAACAAAGAGCCCCUCUCCAUUGAAUAGUAAGCCCAGUGGGCAAUUAAAGAGCAGCUUGGGACCCCACUUGGUCAACUAGUCAGAACCAGAGCUUCUGAUAUUCCCUCUGGAUAUUGUUGAGAACUGUCACAGAAAGGCUAAAGUAAAUAAUCAAAAUGAAAAUAGUUGUUCCAGAGAAAAGUCUUGUUCUGGAAGCUUGGUGUUAAGGAAAGAAUAAUGACCCCUAAUUUGUGGAUCUUUGUUAGUUCUAGUCUCAGCGGAGUCCCUUUCAGCUUGAAACAUGGAUGAACCUGUGUUUUCAAGCACCUCUGAAGAUGUUUUUAAAAUUAGGGGUAUAAUUUGGGUAUAGCAAAAAUGCACGUUUUAAUCAUACAGCUUGAUGAAUUUUUAUACUCAGCCACCACUCACAUAAAAACAUAGAAUAUUUCCAUCAACCCAGAAAGUUUCUUAUGCCCCUUCCGGUUAAUACUACCAGUGACCUAGAGGUAACCAUUUUUAUCAUCACAGAUUACCUUUGCCUGUAUUAAACUUCAUAUGAUUGGAAUCAUCUUGUGUCUAUGCUUUUGUAUCUAACCUCUUUUGCUCAACUUAAUUUGUUUGAGAUUCAUCCAGGUAUUACAUGAAUCACGAGUUCAUUUUUAAUAUUGCAGUGUAGUGUUCCAUUCUGCAAAUAUACCACACUUUAUAUAUCCAAUAUUCUGUCAUUUCCAGCUUUUGGCUAUUAGGAAUAAAGCUGCUAUAAACUUUUUUUUAUAAGUCUGUCUAUCUGUCUCUCUCUCUCUCUGUCUCUCAUCAACAUAUGCAUACAUUUCCUUUGGGCAUAUCCCUAGUACUGGAAUUGCCGGAUCACAAAGUAGGCAUAUGUUUAACUUUAUUAGGAACUGCCAACACAUUUUCCAAAAUGACUGUACCAUUUUGCAUUCCUAUCAGCAAUGCAUGAGCGUUCCAGUUGCUCCACAUUCUCAUCAACACUUGAUAUUAUUGAUCUUUAUUUUAACCAUUCCAGUGGAUGUGAACUAUGGUUUGAAUUUGCUUUUCUCUGUUGAGUAAUGAUAUUGAGCAUCUUUAAUAUACUCAUUGGCCAUUUGGAUAUCAUCUUUUGUAAUGUCCUAGUUAACUCACUGAUUUUUAUUAGAUAUGUUGUCUUUAUUGAAUACCAAGUGUUCUUUAAAUAUUCUGGAUAUGGUCCUUUUGUGAGAUAUGUGCAUUGCAAAUAUUUUCUUUCAGUUAAUUGCCUUUUCACUUUCUUAAUGGUAUCUUUUGACAAGCAAAAAUCUAAUUUUUUCAUUGUUUUUUCCUUUUAUGUUUUCACAAACAAAAAAAAUCUUUUGUCCAGUCUUUUUUUUUUUUUUUUUUUUUUGAGACAAAGUCUCAGUCUGUCACUGAGGCUGGAGUGCAGUGGCAUGAUCUCGGCUCACUGCAACUUCCGUCUCCCAGGUUCAAAGUGAUUAUCCUGCCUCAGCCUCCCAAGUAGCUGGGACUACAGGUGCCCACUACCACGCCCGGCUAAUUUUUUGUAUUUUUAGUAGAGAUGAGGUUUCAUCAUGUUGGCCAGGCUGGUCUCGAGCUCCUGACCUCAGGUGAUCUGCCUGCCUCGGCCUCCCAAAGUGCUGGGAUUACAAGUGUAAGCCACCAUGCCCAGCCCCUCCAGUCUUGAAGAGAUAACUCUUUUCUAGAAAUUGUAUAGUUUUAGCCUUCACAUUUAGGACUAUGAUCCUUUUCAAAUUAAUUUUUUAUUGUGGGUGGUCAAGCGUGGUGGCUUAUGCCUAUAAUCCCACCUUGGGAGGCCCAUGUGGGCAGAUUGCAUGAGCUUAGGAGUUUGAGACCAGCCUGGGCAACACAGCAAAACUCUGUCUGUACAAAAAGUACAAAAAUUAGCCAGGCAUGGUGGUGCACAACUGUUGUCCCAGCUACUUAGGAGGCUGAGAUGGGAGGAUCACUUAAGCCUGGGAGGUUGAGGCUGCAGUGAGCUGUGAUCACGCCACUGCACUCUAGCCUAGGUGGCAGAGCAAGACCUUGUUUAACAAACAAAAAAAAAUUUUAUUUUGAUGUAGGGCAGGGAUCAAGGUGUUUAGUUUCUUCCGGUUGCUCCCACACUGUUUAUCAAAAAGAUACGCCUUUCCUAUUAUGAAUUGCACUGAUGCCUUUUUAAAAUUUUUAUUUUUUCUUGGGUUCUUUAUUCUGUUACAUUGAUUUAUAUAGCUGUCUUUUUACCCACAUUGUACUACCUUAAUUACUGUAGAUGUUUAGUAAGUUUUGAAGUCUCAUAUUUUAAGGCCUCCACCUUUGUUUUUCAUUCUGGUUAUCUUGGCUAUUCUAGGGCCUUUGCAUUUCCACACAUGUGCAUUUGUACAAACAUACCAGUGGUUUUUCAAACUCUGGGAAUUCCCAAGACACUUUCAAGUGGUCUAUUAAGUCAAAAUUAUUUUUAUACUAGUAUCAAGUUAUUAUUUGCCUUUGUUUUUUCUACUGUGGUGAAAUUUAGUAUAGAUGGUGCAGAAGCAAUUGUGGGUAAAACUGGUGGCCUGUUAUCAUAGUAAAGGCAAUGGCACCUAACUAUUGCUAGUAGCCUCUGCUACCUACUUAAGAGUUCUUUUUUAAGCUGUAUUCACCUAAGAAUAUCUUUAAAGCAGUAAAAAUCAUCAACUUUAAUUUUAUUAAGUUUUGACCCUUGUGUAACGUCUUAAUAUUCUGUAUAUCAAGUGGGAAUGAAUGCACAAUAGUUGUCUUGAGGGAAAGCCAUUGUGAUUUGUAAACUGAACUAGCAACUGUUUUCAUGGAAUCCCAUUUUAUCUGAAUAAAACAAACUAUGUUUAUUCAGACAUGGGCAUUUGGCAGAAAUUUUCUCAAAAAUAAGCAAACCCUGUCACUUCGAAGAAAACAACUAAUAAUAUUUAUUACCAAUAAUAACAUUCUAGCUUUCAAUUGAAAAUUAGAAAUUUGAAAACCUUGUAUCCACCACUGUCUGUUUAACAGAGUCCCAAUAUUUAAAGACAUUUCUCGGCCGGACACGAUGGCACACGCGUAUAAUCCCAGUACUUUGGGAGGCCAAGGCGGGUGGAUCACCUGAGGUUAGUUCAAGACCAGCCUGACCAACAUGGUGAAACCCUGUCUCUACUAAAUACAAAAAAUUAGCUGGGUGUGGUGGUGCAUGCUUGUAAGCCCAGCUACUUGGGAGGCUAAGGCAGGAGAAUCGCUUGAACCCGGGAGGCAGAGGUUGCAGUGAGCCAAGAUCGUGCCAUUGCACUCCAGCCUGGGCAACAAGAGUGAAACUCUGUCUUAAAAAAAAAAUUUCUCAUUAAAUAAGUAGUGAUAUUAACUAAUAUGAUUUUUUGCAUAAUAGAUAUUAAAAUAUAUCAGCAUUUGGAACAUCUGCAACAUUUUCCGAAUGACCAGUUUCAUGUUGCUACAAAAUCAUGCAAGAGUAAAGGACUCAUUCCAAAUGCAAGAUAGGACAAAGGAUUUUAAUGUAAUAGAAUAUGAAAGUUAAUUGAUAUGGUUUCAGAUUCCACAUUGCAACUAAUUUGUUAAGGAUCAUAUCAAGGAAGAAUAUCCCCAGAACCUGAAAAUGCUAUUAAUAUACUUUAUCUUUUAGCAGUUACAUAUUUGAGUUAGACCAACUUUUCUUCGUGUACGUCAACCAAAACAGCAUAUCAGAACAGAUAGAAUGCAAUAGCAGAUAUGAGAAUCUAGCUGUUGUCUAUUAGAGGAUUUUCUCUUAAAAAUGUUACUUUUCUCACUUCUUUCUGUUUAGAAAAUAUUUUUAUAUAGAAUAUAAUUGAUAUUUCUACAUAGAGGCUUUAUCAUUGUUUUUAAAUUAGCUGAUACAUAAUUGUAUUAAAUGUUGAUAGAUAUAGUACAUAUAAACCAAAGAUCUUUGGGGUCCUGGGUUUGUUGUUGUUGUUGUCGUUUGUUUGUUUUUUUGAGACAAUCUCACUUUGUCAUCCAGGUUGGAGUGUGGUGGUGCAAUCUCGGUUCAUUGCAACCUCUGCCUCCAGGUUCAAGUGCUUCUCCUACCUCAGCCUCCCGAGUAGCUGGGACUCCAGGCAUGCACCACCAUGCCCGGCUAAUUUUUGUAUUUUUAGUAGAGACAAGGUUUCACCAUGUUGGCCAGGUUGGUCUUGAACUUCUGAGCUCAAGUGAUCUGCCCACCUUGGCUUCCCAAAGUGCUGGGAUUACAGGUAUUAGCCACCGCACCUGACUGGGGUCCUGAGUUUUUUUAAGCACACUGGGAUCCUGAAUUUUAAAAUGUUUGAAAACCACUGGUAUGCAUAUUCUCAUACACACACACACACACACACACACACACACAUAUUAAAUUACUAGUUUGUUUGUUUAUUUCUACAGAAAUUCAGAUGAGAUUGGAUUGGGAUUUCAUUGAAUCUGUAUAUCAAAUUUGGAAGUAUUGACAUCUUAAAAAUAUUAAAUCUUUCAAAACAAGCUUUUUUAAUUUUUUGAGAUGGAGUCUUACUCUGUUGUCCAGGCUGGAGUGCAGUGGUGUGAUAUCGGUUCACUGCAACCUCCACCUCCAGGGUUCAAGCGAUUCUUGUGCCUCAGCCUCUGAGUAGCUGAGAUUACAGGCAAAACAUAAACUUUUAUAACUAUUCACUUAUUUAAGCCUUCUUUAAUUUCUCCUUGAUAAGUUUCAAUGUAGAAGUCUUACACAUCUUAUAUAAAAGUUUUUUCUUUCUAUUAUUACAUUUUGAUGAUAAUAACUAUAGCAUGUUUUUAUUUCACUUGUCAGUUUUCUUUACAGCAUAUAGAGUAAAAUACUUUUCUGUAUAAUAAACUUGUAUCCCAGCCUGGGCAAUAUAGUCAGACCUCAUCUCUACAAAAAAAAUUUUUUUUAAUUAGCUGAGUAUGGUGGUAUGCACCUGUAGUCUUAGCUACCUGGGAGGCUGAGGUGGGAGGAUUGCUUGAGCCCAGGAGGUCGAGGCUACAGUGAGCCAAGGCUGCAUCACUGCACUCUAGCCUGGGUGACAGAGGGGAAACCCUGUCUCAAAACAAAAAAUGAACUUGUUUCCAGCAACUUUUCCAAAUUCGUUUAUUCAUUCUAAUAGUAGAAUCUCUUGGAUUUUCUACUAUGUAAUCAUGUCAUCUGCAAAUAAAGAUGGUUUUAUUUCUUUUUAAUCUUUAUAUUUAUCUUUCUCCCAUAUUACACUUGUUUAAACCUCCACUACGAUGUUGAAUAGAAAUGAUGAUAUUGAAUAUUCUUGUUUUCUUCUCAACCCUAGGAGGAAGGGUUUAUUAUUUCACUAUUAAGUAUAAUGACAAUAAGCAAAAAUUUAUCAAAACUGAAGCAGAGAGAGAAAAAUGCUGAAAUAAAAUAGAACUCACUGUGAGCGGUAUAUCAAACUAUAGCAGUAUCAAACUGUCUAACAUCUGUGUAAUUAUUUCACAUAUGUGGAAGAAAAGAAGAGGAUAUGGCAAAAGAAAUGCAUGAAGGGUUGAGAAUUUUCCAAAGUUAAUGAAAGACAUAAGUCAAAGUUUUAAGAAACUCAGUGUAUGCUGAGUGAGAUAUUAAUAAACACAAAGAAAACCAUACGUAGACAUAUUAUAAUCAAACUGUUCAGAUCUAAACAUAAGGAAGGAAUUUUAAGAAGCCUACUCUGUUUC